UUUAUACAAAGGGGCAGGGUACUUCAAACUUUCGAGUUUUACAAAGUCACCACUAUGUCAUGAUCAAAACUAAAAUUCUGUACAAGACAAAUCCAUUCGGUAAGAUUACCAAUAUUUUCUGUGCCUGCAUUUGUCUUUUGUUUCGUUCCCCUUUCUAAGAUGAAACUAACAUUCCAGUACCGAGGCAGUUUUUCAGUACAAGAAUGACAUGAGAUCUUCCCCCUUUCUGAACUCAGGGGCCUCUGGCUCAAAUGUUAUAUGAUUUCCAGAUGUUCUAAAGUGUCGGCCACUUCCUUGGGAAUCUGACUUUUUACCACAGUAGUGCUUCUCGAUAAAAACAUAUUUUUUCAUAAUUAUAUAAGAACUUAUAAGUCCAUAUUCUAAAAAUAUCAAUGGCAUUUGUACAACCAGGCAUUGUCCUAGCAGGCACAACAAGAGGAAAUGGAAACAGAAACUAGGCCUCCAAGAGAUUAAUGAAUUACCACAUGAUUAAAACUGUCGUAAGCGAUUUACAAGUACUAGUCUACAAUCUUUAAAAAGCCUUUUACACAAUCCAAACUUCUGAGAGUCAACUUCUGAAAAUCAGCCUGACGUCUAGAAAAGGCAUCAGUUUACCACCCCCCUCCCCCUCUUGCAUGCUAUUGGCUUCCUGAGAAGCCUGAGGAUUUUUUUUAAGGUUUCAUUUCAGCUUCAAUCAGCUCCACAGCUGCAGCAAUUUGUUUUCCCGUUGUCUGAGCUGGGAUCUUAAAAUGAAUUUUAUAGCAACAUUUGUGUUGGGUCUUUUUAUCUUUGCCUCUGUGUUGUUCAACAUCAUCUCCAUAUGUAUGAUGGUGCGCAGGACUCCAGAGAUGCCCAACUGUGCAGAAGAAUCCCACCAAAAAAUGGAAGACAAGAGGCAUGAUAAUACAAGCCUGGUUUUUGCUGAUCUUACCAAAGAAGAAUAUUUCCAAGUCCAGGAGUACAUGAGAAAACAAACUUCAAUGAAUCUUUCCCAUUCUGAAUAUGCAACUCCUUCGGAGAACUUCAUUUUCUUGAUAGAGCUGCAGUUGCCUAAAAAGAAGGAUGUGCUACAGUACCUAAGCGGCAAAGGUAAAAAGCCAGAAAGACAGGCUAAGGUGGUUGUCUUCUUUGGAUCAGAGGGCAAAAUAAAGGAGUUUUUGGUUGGACUGCUUCCAAAUCCGAAUCACCAUGAAGACGUUACUUUGAAAAAAUAUAAGAAAUAUCCUCUGAUUACUGCCCGCCCUGUCACUCUUGGCGAAUAUGUAUUACUUUUCAAUUUCAUUUACAACCAUGAAUUCAAAAAGGCAACCAAGGUUCUAGAAGAAAGUUUUGGCUCUGAUGGGAAAACAUUAACACCCUUUGAAGGAAUGCCCAGAGGUUUCAAAUCUGGGGAUAGGCAAAGUUGGAUUGCCUUUUUCCGCAGCGUGAGUGGUUAUUAUCUCCACCCAGUGGGGUUAGAGGUCCUGGUUGAUCACAGCAGUAGCAACAGUUCAAACUGGAGUGUCAAAAAGGUGCUGUAUAAUGGACAGUACUUUGACAGCAUGGAGCAUCUCAAUGACGAAUAUGAGAAAGACAAAAUAAAAAAAUCUAUUUAUAAAGAGAACCUAGAUUAUGCUUCUUUGAAACCUCGGAAAAAGCCUUCAGGCAUUGCUCCUUUACAGUACGAAGUGCACGGCAAAAGGUACAGCAUUCAAAAUAACCAAGUCCUGUAUUUAGAUUGGAGCUUCGCGUUUGGUCUCAGCUCUCUCACUGGAUUGCGGGUUUUCGACGUGCGAUUCAAAGGAGAAAGGAUUAUUUAUGAGCUCAGUGUCCAAGAGGCCACGUCUGUCUAUGGUUGCAACACCGCUACUGCCAUGCUCACUAAAUUUCUGGACUCAAGCUUUGGAAUCGGGAGGUUUGCUCACGAGCUAGUCCGGGGGGUGGACUGCCCUUACCUGGCUACUUUUGUGGACACGUACCGUUACAUCGACACCAACUCAACCCAAAGGUUCCGGAACUCCAUCUGUAUUUUUGAGCAUAACACAGGGCGUCCACUAAGACGCCACUUCACAGACUUCACAGAGAACAGCUAUGGAGGCAUGGCAAACAGUGCGUUAGUCCUCAGAACCAUAACAGCCAUUGUUAACUAUGACUAUGUGUGGGACUUUAUGUUUUAUCAGAACGGGGCGGUGGAGACUAAGGUCUAUGCUACAGGUUACAUCUUAACUGCAUACAUGACUGAAGGUGGGCUGCAGUAUGGGCACCAGGUAGCAGAGAAAACACUGGGAGCCAUCCACACCCAUUUCUUAAACUUCAAGGUAGAUUUGGAUAUCUUGGGAGUAAAAAAUAUAUUUUUGACGAAAGACAUGACAUUUGAUACUCAACAAGUCCCCUGGAAACCUGAGGAAAGGGUCAAAAUCCCCAAACUUGUUGAGAAACAGCUGAAGACUGAAAAACAAGCAGCGCUCCGAUUUGACGAGAAGAUUCCCCGAUAUCUCCAUGUCGCCAGUAACGAAACCAACAAGUGGGGGCACCAUCGCUCCUACAGGAUUCAGGUAGUCAGCUUCAAUGGAGACCCCCUCCCUGAAGACAUCCCUGAAGAGAAAGCCAUGUCAUGGGCGAGGUACAAGGUGGCAAUUACCAAACAUAAAGAAGAAGAAGAAACGAGCAGUAGCCUGUACAGCCAGAAUGAUAUAUGGUCCCCAGUAGUCAAUUUCAGUGAAUAUAUUGAAGAUGAUGAAUCCAUUGAAAAUGAGGAUCUUGUUGCCUGGGUAACGACUGGUUUCCUCCACAUCCCACACGCCGAGGACAUCCCCAACACGGUCACGGUCGGCAAUGGGGGAGGCUUCUUCCUCAGACCACACAACUACUUCUCUGAGGACCCUUCCAUUGACUCCCCUGACUCGGUCUACCUUCACCCUGAACUGCCCACUGACAGCUGUGAGAACAACCGCAUGGCAUGCUAUAAUAAAGAGGUGUGUGCGCCACACCUGCCUCCCUUCAGCUACAACGGCUUUGAAGAGGUUAAUCAACUGCAAACUGCAUAUGUGAACAAAUCUGCGGUGGGGACAGGGUUUAUUCGUUUAUUAUAAGCUAGUAAGUUAUCAUGCUUGUGACUCAUUAAAAGAUUUUAGGAACUUGAGGAUUGGGCAAAAAAAUAAACCAGUCAUACAAUUGGCUAACAAAUCAAACCUGUGUUGAUUCGAUAGCCUCAUAAAUUACUAAUAACACCUGGACUGCAACCUCUACUACUUAACUAUUGAAUGUACCGAGAGUUAUGACUUCUUUCACAGGCCUACUGUAAAUUAGCCCUCAUCUUGGAGUACCUAAUGUCAUUUUUGAUAAGGUAAUCCAAGAUUAGUACUAAUCAGGGCAUAUGAAACCAGUUGUACGUUUAUAGAAUUCACAUUUUAUGUUAUAUAGCUACUCCCUAUCAUUCUUAUAAUAUCUUACAUUCUGAUGGAGUAAGAGUUAGAUUUAGGGGGGAUAUUUCCUAAGUUUCAGUUCGGCAUUCUCCUAUCAAUUAAUGCCUGCAAUUGCUGCACUAUAAAUUGCACACACCGCGUCUCUAUUUACUUUUGCAGUUAAAUUCACAAUUUGACCUAACAGUUUGUCCAAAGCUUGCAAUUCCUUUUUAGCUAAAGCACCUAUCAUUGCCUAUGUGGAACCCUCAACCUUACCAAGCAUGGUCUGUGUCCUUGCUUGGCUACUUUGAAUUCUACUUAUAACAUAAUCAUUCCAUAUUGACAUACCUGACCCGAACAGGCCAGCUCCAUCUCCAAAAAAAACCUUCUGUUUCUUUGUUUUCCCGACAAACGAUGUUUAAACGGAUCAUGCUUUAAGUCUAUUUUGUCUUUAUAGUCAAGUAAAUUUAUGCAUGAUACUGCAUAAACAUGUCAUACAGCUGCAGUGUGAUAAAUGUGGCUGCUGUAGUCUUACCGCCUUGCUUAUCCUCAGUAAGGUCCCAAGAUGAAACGUUCAGAGUUUGCAAGUCUUAGAUAUCUUAUUCAGUAACAGUCCGUUUUCAGGUCCCAUUUUACCAGGAGCCCCAGCUAGACGAACAGGACCCACAUGGUGCCAAAAAAGUAGUAUAUAGGGUAAUUACUGUUCGUUGGAUACAUAUAGUUUGUAUUGGUUGACGUGGUACAAUUUGUUUUGCUGCCUUUGUUUUACUUUGAUUCAUACAUUCCUCCUCUUUUUACAGUUGUAAAGUUGUAUACUGUAUUUGUAUUCUACAUAUACUUAUGUUGUUCCAGACACAGAACAUAAACAAAGUCAAAUGUACCCCAGCUUAUCAAUUCCUUGUUCUUGUGUCUGGGGGUGGUUGAGUUGGACAAGUUCAGCUGAGCAUCAGUGCUGUUUGUUUACCCUCUUGUUAACUGUUGAAUAGCUUCUAUAUAAUUCACAUUUUAUAUCUGUUUAAUAAAAUAUACUUUCUUGUAAGUAAAGGUAUU